AUGGCAACUUCACUUCUAGGGGAAGAACCGAGGUUGGGAUCCACUCCUCUGGCCAUGCUUGCUGCUACCUGUAAUAAGAUCGGCAGCCCCAGCCCGUCUCCCUCCUCCCUCUCGGACAGCUCUUCUUCCUUCGGCAAAGGCUUUCACCCCUGGAAACGUUCCUCGUCCUCCUCCUCUGGCAGCUGCAACGUAGUGGGUUCCAGUCUCUCGAGCUUCGGCGUGUCGGGGGCCUCCAGGAACGGCGGUACGUCCUCUGCUGCGGCGGCGGCUGCGGCGGCCGCGGCGGCGGCGGCGGCCCUGGUGUCUGACUCGUUCAGCUGCGGCGGCUCGCCGGGCUCCAGCGCCUUCUCCCUAACCUCCAGCAGCGCCGCCGCGGCCGCCGCGGCCGCCGCGGCCGCCGCCUCCAGUUCGCCCUUUGCAAACGACUAUUCGGUGUUCCAGGCCCCCGGUGUCUCAGGGGGUAGCGGCGGAGGGGGCGGCGGCGGCGGCGGCGGCUCCUCGGCGCACUCGCAGGACGGCUCCCACCAGCCCGUGUUCAUUUCCAAGGUGCACACCUCGGUGGACGGGCUGCAGGGCAUCUACCCGCGCGUGGGCAUGGCGCACCCGUACGAGUCGUGGUUCAAGCCCUCGCACCCAGGACUGGGCGCCGCCGGCGACGUGGGCUCGGCCGGCGCGUCCAGCUGGUGGGACGUGGGCGCCGGCUGGAUCGACGUGCAGAACCCCAAUGGCGCGGCGGCGCUGCCCGGCUCGCUGCACCCUGCCGCCGGAGGGCUCCAGACCUCGCUGCACUCGCCGCUCGGAGGCUACAACUCGGAUUACUCGGGCCUGAGCCACUCGGCCUUCAGCAGCGGCGCCUCCUCGCACCUGCUCAGCCCCGCCGGGCAGCACCUCAUGGACGGCUUCAAGCCAGUGCUGCCGGGCUCCUACCCGGACUCGGCCCCGUCGCCGCUGGCCGGCGCUGGGGGCUCCAUGCUGAGCGCUGGGCCGUCGGCGCCGCUGGGGGGCUCCCCGCGCUCCUCCGCACGCCGCUACUCCGGCCGCGCCACCUGCGACUGCCCCAACUGCCAGGAGGCGGAGCGGCUGGGCCCGGCUGGGGCCAGCCUGCGGCGCAAGGGCCUGCACAGCUGCCACAUCCCGGGUUGCGGCAAGGUGUAUGGCAAGACGUCGCACCUGAAGGCGCACCUGCGCUGGCACACGGGCGAGCGGCCCUUCGUGUGUAACUGGCUCUUCUGCGGCAAGCGCUUCACGCGCUCCGACGAGCUGCAGCGGCACCUGCGGACCCACACGGGCGAGAAGCGCUUCGCCUGUCCUGUCUGCAACAAACGCUUCAUGCGCAGCGACCACCUCAGCAAGCACGUGAAGACGCACAGCGGCGGCGGCGGCGGCGGCUCGGCGGGCUCUGGUAGCGGCGGCAAGAAGGGCAGCGACACCGACAGCGAGCACAGUGCCGCGGGCAGCCCGCCCUGCCACUCCCCGGAGUUGCUGCAGCCCCCGGAGCCCGGGCAUCGCAACGGCCUGGAGUGACGCGUAUCCCGCCGCGGCCCUUCUCCUAGACCCCCUCCCAUCCCGGUCCGCUUGGGUCCCGUCUGUCCUGGCCUCCGCUCCAGCCUCUUUCCACUGUCCAUCCUGCUCGCACUUUGUCUCCUUCAGUCUCUCUCUCUCUCUUUUGACUCACUUUGUGACUUUACUUUGUAAAGGGGAUAUGGACGUGUAAGUAGCACCCAUUGCUCUCCUGGGCCCUGGCUUUUUCAUCUCACCAGGUAACACUCUAGGAGCCCCGUACAGCUGUAACCGGCGCCUUGCCGGGUCUUUAUUUUCCGUCCUCUCCUCGUCCUCUCUCUGCCAUCCCCAAGUUGUAUCGUUUAGAGGGAAGCGGUCGCUGGAGGUAGAACCGGACGGAUCUAGUGUCUGGGAGACGCGGGGCCUCGGCCGGAGCGGGAACGGCUCCGCUGAACUAGGUUGUGCUGCGCGGUGGGGAGGGGGAGGCAGGAGGCCGAGGCAGGAGGCCGGGCAUCCCCGCUGGGGCAGCCUCCGGCGAGGUUGGAGAACCACAGUCUUGGCGGUCUCGGCUUCCGAGAGCCCUGCCUGGCCGCUGCGUGCCGCUGCCCUCCCUGUUCAGAGCGGUCGCAAAUACGUGGGGGUGUCCACCUGGCGGCCCCGAGACCCGGAGUUUGUAGAGUUAGCUCUCCCAACGUCAGCUCUGCCUCUUUUCCUUUGUUCCAUGAGGUGGAACCGAUUCAAGUUUCAGCUAAGGGCAGUCCUGGUGAAUCGCUGCAGCAGCCUUCUUUCAUCUUUAUAACAUUUUCUUAAAAAAUAAAAAACUAAAGA